GCAGUGUUCUACGGACACGGAAGCGGAGAGACCACCCUGGGUCACCACGGAUAGCUGAAGUCACUUUUCGUUCAACUUGUUUGGAGAAUGGCCAACAGAGCAACGUGGUGCUGGGAGAGGAAGAGGACAACUGGAGGCGAGAGUAAACGAAGAGAGAGCAGGAAGGAGGCGUAGCCGCGUGGGGUGCCAGAGAGUGGAAGUCAAAGGGAAGAUAAGGAUGAGAAGUGCAGAACUCCUGUGCACAGGGCUUGUGCAUUUUGUAAUUAUUUGUAACAGAAGAUAACUUCCGUUUGCAAGCCCUGUUCAGCCAGCGGGCAGUGACGUCACUCCGUUGUGGGUCACCCCCUUCCCUUUUCCUAACACGGGGUAGAGGACUAUGGACAGGAGUCGUGCAGCGAGAAAUGACUGACUCUGUCACUACAUGGUGCCUUUUUAAAGGAACAUUAAAUGUCAACCUCUAAAGACUCAACAUUGUCUGAGGAAGAAGCCCGGAAGAGGAGGAAGAGGAAAGAAAAGGAGGCAGGAAUGGCUCUUUCUCAGGAACAGUUGACCUUCAAGGAUGUGGCCAUAGAAUUCUCUCAGGAGGAGUGGGAAUGCCUGGACCCUGGUCAGAGGGCCUUGUACAGAGACGUGAUGUUGGAGACCUACAGGAACCUGCUCUCCCUGGAUAUCUGUCAUAUACAUGUGAUGAAGAAAUUACAACCUAAAGUGAACAGUGAUGGAGGAGAAGUAUUCCAAACAGUGAUGUUGGAAACAUGUGAAAGCCGUGAAAUAAGAGAUUUUUACUUCAAGGAAAUCCAGGAAAAUAUGCAUGACUUUGAGUAUCAGUGGAGAGAUGAUGAAAGAAAUAGCAAAGGAAUGCCUAUAACCUGUAAAGAAAAUCUCACUUAUAAAAGAAAUCAACCUUGGAAAAGGGAUGCAGGAAACAAGCCUGUUGAAAAUAGGCUUGGAUCAAGCUUUCGAGAUAAACUGCUGAUAUAUCAAGCUGAAGGGAAAAUUUAUGAAUGUAAUCAAGCUGUGAAGUCUACCAACAGUAGAGGCUCAUUUUCAAUACUUGAAAGAAUUCCUCCUAGUGUCCAGGCCAACAUUUCUAAUAUAUAUGGGAAUGAUCUUAUCCAUCUUUCAGUACUGACACAGGAACAGAAAGCAUACAAGGGAAAACCUUACAAAUGUGGUCAGUUUGGCAAAAUGUUUCAUCAGGGCUCAUACCUCACUAGACAUCAGAUAAUCCACACAGGAGAGAAAUCAUACAAAUGUGAUAUAUGUGGCAAAGUCUUUAGUCGAAGUUCACACCUUGCAAGUCAUCGGAAAAUUCAUACUGGAGAGAAGCCUUACAAAUGUAAUGAGUGUGGCAAGCUCUUUAGUCAAAAAGCACACCUUGGAAAUCAUCAGCGAAUUCAUAGUGGAGAGAAACCUUACAAAUGUAAUGAGUGUGGCAGAGCCUUUACCCUUCGCUCAAAUCUCAUCAGACAUCAGAAAAUUCAUACAGGAAAGAAAUUAUAUAGAUGUGAUAUAUGUGGCAAAGUCUUUAGUCGAAAUUCACACUUUGCAAGUCAUCAGAGACUUCAUACUGGAGAGAAACCUUACAAAUGCAGUGAGUGUGGCAAGGUCUUUAGUCAAAAGUCACAUCUUACAAGACAUCAGAGAAUUCAUAGUGGAGAGAAACCUUACAAAUGUAAUGAGUGUGGCAAAACCUUUAAUUUUCGCUCAAACCUCAUUAAACAUCAGAAAAUUCAUAUAGGAAAGAAAUUAUAUAAAUGUGAUGUAUGUGGCAAAGUCUUUAUUAGAAAUUCACACUUUGCAAGUCAUCAGACACUUCAUACUGGAGAGAAACCUUACAAAUGCAAUGAGUGUGGCAAGGUCUUUAGUCAAAAUUCACAUCUUACAAGACAUCAGAGAAUUCAUAGUGGAGAGAAACCUUACACGUGUAAUGAGUGUGGUAAAGCUUUUAGCCAAAGUUCAAGCCUGGUUGACCAUCGGAAAAGUCAUUCUGGAGAGAAACCAUAUAAGUGUUUUGAAUGUGGCAAGGCCUUUAAGCAAUGGUAUUACAUCAAGAUUCACCGAAGAAUUCACACUGGAGAGAAACCAUACAAAUGUGAUGUGUGUGGCAAGGCCUUUAUUGCUCUUUCAAGCCUAACUAAUCAUCAGGUAAUCCAUACUGGAGAGAGACCUUACCAAUGUAAUGAAUGUGGGAAGGCAUUUAGGCAACAGUCUGAAAUCAGGAUUCACCAAAGAAUUAUGAUGCAGAGAACCCUUUCAAGUGUAAUGAAUGUGGGAAAGCCUUUACUCAGCGUUCAACUCUCACUACACAUCAGAUAAUCCAUAAAAGAGAGAAACCAUAUAAAUGUGAUGUAUGUGGAAAGGUCUUUAGUCAAAAAUCACACUUUAAAAUCCACCAGAGAAUUCA